GUGCGACAUUGCGAUCGAGUGCAUCUGGCCCAGCACCUGUGGACAUAAUGGUGUCUGCCGUGACAGCAGGUGGCGGUGGAGACGGCGGCGCGGUCGGUCUCAAACGCGAGUUGGGUCUCCUCAACGGGGUGGGCAUCAUCGUAGGGAUAAUUAUCGGAGCCGGGAUCUUCGUCUCUCCGACGGGUGUAGUGCGGAACUCGGGUUCGGCAGGAAUGUCGAUUAUUGUUUGGGCAGCCUGUGGACUCAUGUCACUUGUCGGUGCGAUGUGCUACGCGGAACUAGGGACCAUGAUCCCGAAAUCGGGGGGUGACUACGCGUACAUCUCUCAAAUAUAUGGGCCGUUGAUGGGCUUCCUCUAUCUGUGGGUGUCGCUGCUGAUAAUGCAGCCUGUGCAUAACGCCAUCCAAAGUAUCACGUUCGCUAAUUAUAUUCUCGCGCCAAUUUUCGAUGGUUGUGAUUUACCUGAUGCCGCCUUAAGGCUCUUAGCAGCCGCUGUUCUAUGUCUGCUCACCUUCAUCAAUUGCUAUGAAGUCAAAUGGGCGAUGUUCGUUCAGGACUCGCUAAUGUUCGCCAAGGUGCUGGCGCUCUGCCUGAUUAUUGCGAUCGGUGGGUACGAGCUCUUAUUCGUGGGAAAUUCCAUUAACUUGACAACUCGUCUGUGGGACAACACAGUGUACGAUCCGAGUAGCAUCUGCUUGGCUUUCUACAGCGGACUUUUCUCUUAUGCUGGAUGGAACUAUCUGAACUUCGUGACGGAAGAAUUGAAGGACCCCUUCCGGAACUUGCCGUUCGCCAUCUACAUCUCGCUGCCGAUCGUUACUACCGUGUACCUCUUGGCAAACGUGGCGUACUUCGUUGUACUGACGACCACGGAGGUGGGAUCUGCCUCCGCAGUCGCGGUGGCCUUCGGUGAGCGCACCCUCGGCUCAUAUUCUUGGAUAAUCCCGGUCGCUGUAGCUCUGUCGACCUUCGGUGGUCUGAAUGGCGGCAUUUUUGCCAGCUCUCGGUUAUUUUUUGUCGGCGCUCGGCAAGGCCACCUACCGGAUUUCAUAUCGAUGAUCAAUAUGAAUUGCUGUACUCCAACCCCAUCUCUCGUAUUCUUGUGCCUCCUGUCGUUGCUGUAUUUAUCCAACACCGAUGUUUUGGUACUCAUCAAUUACACGGCUUUUAGCGAGGCUCUCUUCAUGAUGUUGUCCGUCAGCGGCCUGCUAUGGCUGAGAUACAAAGAGCCCGAGCUCGAACGGCCGAUAAAGGUCAACAUCAUUCUGCCGGUGGUGUUCUUCUUGAUCUCAAUUUUUUUGGUGGUGUUGCCUUUCUUCUCUCAGCCGCUUGAGACACUCGUUGGCUUGGGCAUUGCACUUUCCGGAAUCCCGGUGUACUUCGUAACCGUCAAUUGGAAGAAGAAACCUCAAGCUUACCGGAACGCAAUAUCCUCGACGACCGCAUUCAUACAGAAAGUACUGAACAGCGUUCCUGAGAAAACGGACUGAUGGCCGCUAUGACAAAGCUCCCCCGAGGCAUUCGGCUAUACUUCUCAGAAGUCCCAUACUUCUCAGCUAUCCCAAACAUCAACGAAUUCCGGCGCCGGUCGAUAAGCUCGACGGAAACAUGAAUAGUCGGAUUUUUUUGAUGCAGCACUGCCGACUGGUGAUUGUUUAUGGGAGAUUUUCGUACGAAUUGAGGAAUAAAUACACCCGAUCAUGAAGUCCCGAGUAAUCGCCGACUGCGGAUCUGGACUUCG